AUGUCGACGAUCGGAGUCCUGUUCGUGAUCCUCACCGCGGCGUCCACGACAACGGCGACAGCAAACACACUACUGCCCUCCUGCAAAGCAAAGUGCGGCGAUAUCGAGAUCCCCUAUCCGUUCGGCAUCGGCGACGGCUGCUACGCUAAGGAAUACGGAGACUUCAGCGUCAACUGUCUGCACAAUUCCACGGCCCUCUUGAACAAGGGAAAUCUCGAGCUUCUCAACAUCUCCGUGACCGGCGAGCUCCGAAUCAAGGGGUCGAUCGGCUACGACUGCUACGAUCCAAGUGGAAAUAAUACUAGCUUCUUUCCGGCGGUUAAUAUCGCCAAUGGGCCGUUUUCUUUCUCCCACAGGCGGAACAAGUUCUUCGUCCUCGGUUGCGAUACGGAUGCUUAUAUAUGGGACCAAUAUGGCACGCGUUAUUCCGGCGGCUGCAUGUCCUACUGCGAGACAUACGACGGGUUCAGGGACAUGCCGGACCCCAGCAGCUGCUCGGGCUUGGGCUGCUGCGGGGUUUCCAUUCCCAGGGGCAUCAAGAACUAUACAACCCGGAUACAAACCUACUACAAAUAUGCCUACUCCAUGGAUUUCAACCAUUGUGGGUUCAUUUUCCUGGCCGAGCAGGAUCAAUACGCUUUCAAUAUCUCUGAUCUGAGAUCUGAUAGAUUUUCGAAACGAACCCUGCCGGCCGUUCUCGACUGGUCCAUUGGUAGUCAAACCUGCGAGGAAGCCAAGAAGAACACGACCGUCCCGUACGCGUGCCGCAGCGACAACAGCCAUUGCAUCAAGUCGAACAACGGCGUGGGAUACCUCUGCAACUGCUUGGACGGCUACCAGGGGAAUCCGUACCUCCCAGAUGGCUGCCAAGGUAUGAACGAGACGCCGCAAUUUGUUCGGCUAUCGGCCGGAAGACGGGAUAGCUAUUAUUCUCAAGUUCGGCCUACAAUGUAUUUGAUCGAUCUUCUUGACUCUCCGACGAUGCCCUGUAGAUAUCGACGAAUGCGUCCAAAGCCCAAAUGUCUGCCCAUCGAACGCAACCUGCAUCAACACGGAGAGCGGGUACAACUGCACUUGCCCAGAAGGCUACCGAUUGAAUAUGAAUUUCACGGGGGGAUGCGAAGGUAAGAUUUCGGCGGUCCCUGCGAUCAACGGUUCAAGGGAGGGGGAAUCGGUGAAAUAUCUAAUGGAAUGACAAAUCUCUUGGAAAGUUAACCGCCGAAGGGUAGGAUCAUUCUAAUUGGUUCUUCUUUUUCCCUGUGUAACUUGUCGCAUCCAUGAGAAUGUAGAUAUUAAUGAAUGCCAGCGGAACCCAUGUUCACCCGGCGAGUACUGCGAGAACACAGAGGGAGGCUACGAAUGCAAGAGCGGCGGCAUAUCGUUGCCUUUGAAGUUGGGUCUCGGUAAGGGGAUUUAUUUCACUCAUCCAUGCGAUGGGCCCAUUUCCUUUCCAUUUCGGAAGAUUUCGUCGCUGAGGUCUAUAGCUUUUGCAGGGGUCGGCGGCGGCCUGCUCGUUCUUCUGUCUGCAAGCACCUUGACCUGCUGGGGACGCCAGAGAAGAAACCUUGCCGAUCAGACAAGGAAGGUUGCCGAGUUCAAACAGAGGAUGUUCGAUCACAACGGCGGCCCGUUCCUGCAGCAACAUAUGUCUUCUCAGCCGGGAAAUACGUUCAGGAUAUUUACGGAAGUGGAUCUGGCCAAGGCCACCAACGGCUUCGCCGACGACCAGAUCAUCGGGCGAGGAGGCCACGGGGUGGUGUACCUGGGAAGGCUGGAGGAUGACACCCCGGUCGCCGUCAAGAAGUCAAAGAUGAUGGACGAGAGGGAGAGCAAGGAAUUCGCCCGGGAGAUGGCCAUCCUCUCGCAAAUCAACCACGUCAACGUUGUGAAGAUUCUGGGUUGCUGCGUAGAAGUGGAAGUCCCCAUGCUGGUCUACGAAUUCGUUCCAGGAGGUACGCUGUUCGAGGUCAUUCAUCGCCGGAACGAGAGGACAACGAUCUCCCUGGAGGUCAGGCUGAGGAUCGCCACAGAGGUCGCAGAAGCGCUGGCAUACCUGCACUCCUACGCUUCCCCUCCAAUUCUUCACAAGGACGUCAAGACGUCUAACAUACUGCUAGAGAAGGACCACAGAGCCAAGAUCUCCGAUUUUGGUGCUUCUUCCUUCACACCGUUGGACGAAACAGAGAUCGCCACAGUGGUUCAGGGGACCUGCGGGUACCUCGAUCCCGAGUAUCUCCAGACCUACCAAUUCAGCGAGAAAAGCGACGUGUACAGCUUCGGGGUGGUCCUCGUCGAGCUUCUGACGCGAAGGAAGCCACUCCACCUCCAAGGCCCCGAAGACGAGAGGAGCCUCGCCGUGAGCUUUGUGUCCUUGUUGAGCCAAGACAAGCUGGAGAGCAUUUUGGACCCACAGGUGUUGUCGGAAGGUGACGCAGAGAUGCUGAGGGAGGUCGCUGAGCUCGCAGGCCGAUGCUUAAGAGUGACGCGAGAGGACCGUCCAACCAUGAAAGACGUUUCGAUGGCCCUCCACUUCCUGGGGCCAUCUCGCGGGCACCCCUGUGUUCCGCAACACGCUCCGGAGGAGGCAGAGAGUCUCCUAAACGGCGAGCAGUCGACGGGGUAUUACAGCGCCGAUGUCGCCAGCCGCUCUUUGAGCGGGAAGAACCACGCAAUCAUUGAGAUAGAGACAGGUAGAUGA